AUGAAGCAAGCUAUUAAGACUCUCAUAACAACUGUGCCCAGUAAGCACAUUAGGAUCUCUCCGCAUAGAAAGACCCCUCACUACGAGGAUAGUAGUAACAUCUCAAACAAGAGAGGCUCUGGGAACUUCAACUAUGAGACCUCAGUGAGUUCACAGCCCUCUCAUAACGGUAAUCUAGCUCCCCUAGCAUAUUAGGUGCUGCAAGCUAAUAAUAAUUAAACUAAUUGCAACAACUCUAGUACUUAAAGCAAUUAAAAUAUUGCGACAAUUAUAUAGCAAAGAAUGAUUACCUCAAUGCAAAGGAAGUCUAGUCUCAAGACUCAAUUUCUUACUAAAAAUCAAAAGGACUCAAGUAAGAAGUAAAAGACCACAGAUAGGGAAUCCAGACAGUAAACAAGCACAAACAGUAAAAAGUAAAGCAACUAGAAUCUAGGAAGAGUACUGCCUAAUUAUGAUGAAAAUAAUCAAGAUUUGAUGUUUACGAUACCUAUUACACUUGACAGAAUGACGCCGUCUUUAGGUUAUACCCAAUCAGUGCUUGGAAAUGACUCAGACUCAAAAUAGAUUAUCAAGAACUUCUCAACAGCUUAGAAAAUCAAGAAAAAAUCUUAAGACAUGACUGUUGGGCGGGGAUCUGCAUCUACUCUUAACAGCGGUAAAAAGCGAAACUUGGAGUCUAUUAGCAACAGCCGCUAAAGUAAAAACAACAAAGUCACAGUCAUAUCACUGUUUGCCUCUUAGCAGUUACCUAAAAAUCAAGCAUAGAAAACUCUAAAGCCAAGUGCCAAUAGCUAACAGCAUUUGCUUCAAUCACCUGACUAUGCCAAUGAUUUGGAGGACUUACAAGAUAGAGAAGUCAGUAAACCUAGAAACAAUGGGGCUUCCCAGCAGAUGAUAGUCUUGAAUUCUCCAGGCGGCUCAAGUAAAUCUAGAAAAGGCUCUUAAAGUAUAAUGUUCUCCCCUCCCGUAAACAAGAUAGUUACCUCAAAUCCCUUUGAUAAGUUGAAAAAAGUAUAGUCAUCGAACUCUACUAAAUAUCAUUAAAAAUUCCUCACUAGUAAUAUAGUGUCUCCCAAGUCAUCUAACAAGAAGAAUGAUUAGUCCAAGCAAAGUAACAUGAGAGGAUUUGCAGGCGAGUCAUCUCAAUCUAUAAUGCUGAGAAAUAAAUCAAAGGAAUCGAAUCGUGUCCCUGAAAUAUAGCUAGUCAUAUCGCCUGAUAAAAGCAAAGUUAUUAGAGAUGGCAAGCAUACAAACGCGAAUAACUCAAUUGCCAACGAUGGCUCCUACACCCGAAUCAAUAACUCUAUUAUAAGUAAGGCUAGUAACUAUAGCAGUGUGAACAUGAGACCUAGUUCUCCAAAUCUAUUAAUUAAUGUUGAGGAUUAGUUUUUGUAACAAUAACAUUUUACAUCCUUAAUUGAAUAAGCUAAGCUUACAACCAGAUCUAAUGGUACCUAAAGUGAAAGAGACUUAAACAGAGUUAGCUACUAAGAUCCUUUCAUGGCAUAAUAUGCAACCACAAACAACAGACUGACCAAUCUUAAAGGAAACAGUAGUCAGAUAUAGUUAUUGGCUUCAUCAAAUGAUAGGUAAAAACCUAAUUGCCAAAGUAGCCUCUCUACUUAUUCAUAAAAGUCGAAUUAAGUAUUUGAGAUCAAGAACUAUACCAAUGAACCACAGAGCUUUGGCAAAAAAUCAUAGGAAAUAUAAGUGCAAUUUCCUUAUAAUAAAUGCUUCAACUGUUAUGAAAACGAGUUAAAUGGGGUCAAUUCUACUAAGAACUCCUUUGCAAGCAAACUAAACUCACCGCACAGCUCAUUUAAAGAAAUUAAAACGAUUAACCUUCAAUUAGGCUAUUAAGAUGAUAGUCUCUAAUUGAAUUCAAAGGUUAUCACAAUUAAUUUGCAAUAGAUUAAAUCAAGAUGUGUGAAUCCAGUCAUGAAUCUUAGAAAAAGUGUUGAAGCACUUGCCAGAGCGAACUUUGCAAAGAGCAUGGACGCUUUAGAUCAAAUAAUGCUUAAUGAAAGUAGGAUUGAUGAAAAUGAGAUACAAUCAGCUCUACUAAAUCUACAGCUAUACCCCUAGCAAAGCAUGUAUGAUAAUGAGAAAAAUAUAGCUUUGAAUAAAUAUGAAGAGCUAUUGAGGAAAAUUGUUGUUUAGUAUACAAAGCUCUAAAGAUAGUUUUAUGAUCUUCAGAAUAGAGCAACUUAAUCUGAUUAACAUAUUGCAGGACUAAACUAAGAUUAGCAGUUAUAAAUCUAAAAUCUGCUUUAAGAGAACAAAAAUCUAUAGUAAAUCGUAGCCAAUGAAAUGAAUUAGCGAGUGAUGGAGAAACAGACUUUUGAAAAGUUAAAGCAAGGUUUGUUGACAGAAAUUAAAAGGCUUCAAGAUUCUGAUGUAACCUAUAGACAAAAGCUUUAAACUUACUCAGAUGAUAGGUAAACACUUGAAAAAGCAGUUAAGUCACUAAGAGAACAGAUUCUAAAAGCUGAAACAGAGAAUCACUCACUUCUUAAUGAGAAUAAGAGACUGAAGACUUACACAGACCAACAAGAGCAGGAACUAUCUAGAAUCAAGCAAACUAACUAGAUCUUGGAUAAGAAAAGUUAGGAGAACAAAUACCUUUUAGAUUAGUCAUAGGCUACUAAUUAGAAAAUAGAACAGCAUUAUCAAUAAGUAUUGAAUGAGAACCAAUAGAUAAAGAAGGCUGUUGAUGGUCUAUAAGGCAACUUGCAAUAGUUAAUGGAUGCUAAUGUCAAGUAUAAAGAAGAGAUAUCACAUCUAAUGAUUGAAAAGCAGUAAAUUUCGCUCAAGUUGUUGUCAUAUUAACAGCAAUUGAAUCCUCAGAAUAAUCAAAGCCAAAUGUCUCAUUUCACGCAUUCAUUCGCUCAAGACUUAGAAUAUGGCUUCCCGUUGAGUGCUAUACCUAAAGCAGAAAUUGAUUUGCUAGCUAAGACACCUACUAAAGUAAAAAACUAUCAGCAACAAAAUGUAAAUAACAAUUCCUCAUUAUUUGGAAUGGGCAACAUGAGCAAAUAAAACAGCAGUGACUACAAAUCACUUGAGCAGAAGCAUUUUGAGACUUAAAAGAAUUAAUCUCUUUUAUAUCAGCCUAAUUAAAACAACAGAGUUAGUCAGUUGACUCACAAUUCUGGAUUCUAUACUCCGAAUAGUAAUUUGAAUAACAGCAACACGUUCUAGUCUUGCCUUGCAGGUCACACUCCAAAUAAAGAGAGAAUAACCUCUAAAUCAAUUGAGAGGAAAUAUAUUGCUAAUGACUCUAGUUCAGUUAAUAAAAUCAUGUCAUGGAGUGAAGCCUAGCAUGCUUAAAAUUUAAGAACACCCAAAUCCACCAGCUGCUAGAAAUAUGAAAUGUCUCAGACCAAGCCAAACAGACUUACCUCAGAUUUCCUACAGUCUAAUGACUUUGACUAUUUGCCUGCUGCUGGUAAAGAUUCAAAGUAACUUCAUUCCAAGGAGCAUAAGCAUUUCAACAGUUUAACAUAAUCUCAGGAAGUAAAUCAAAUUCAAAUGGGUAGUAUCAAGCAAUAUCUAGAUAUGGAUAUUAGAGAGAUCAAUCCAGAUCAACUAUGA